AUGCUAAACCACGGGUUCCCCCGCCUCGAGAGUCUUCGCAUGAUACACGCGGCAUCGACAACAUCGAUCUCUCCAACGAUGUUCGCUGCCUUUCACGCCAUUCACUACUCCGACCUGGUUUUACCCCUGUUACGUAUCCUUCGUCUACCACCCAUAUUCUUAACCUCGGGGCUAUCUCUUGACUCUCUGCGUCUCGUCGAGGUAGAGAGCUGCGGUUGCUCGGAAUGCCUUCAACCGGCCCCCGUGCUGCACAGGAUCACUACCGACAUGAUCUCCUCGUUUCUCCAACGGUGCCCAUCUCUCCAAACCCUUCGUUUCGUCGGACUGGGGUAUCCCUCUAUCGCAGAGACUGCUCCUAGUCCUUCCGUUGAGCGAAUUGUGUUUGGCAGCCUCGACACACUCGACAUCACGAAGUACGACAUUGCCGGUACUGCGAACGUGCUGGACUGCAUCACGCUGUCACCCCGCACCCCAGUCACCCUGGACGUGCCGGACAUGGGGGCGUUCGAGCCAAUAUUGCAGACGGCGUUGCGCAAUUUGCCUGUCUUCUCGACAACGGUCCCGCACUUGCGGAUUGUCGUGCACUUGUGUACAGCCACGAAACCCUUCAGAUUGCAAUAUUUCCUCCCCGAUGGUUCAUCGCCAUUGGCACUUUCCGAACGACGAUCAGGUGCAUCCCACAGACUAUCUAAUUGCGUUGCCCGCGCACGCGAGGUGCUCGCGAUGCUCCCCUCAACCUCUGUCACCACCUUGGAGAUGCGAAAUAUUCCUUCGCAAGUACUCGGAAAGGACCCUCAGGCCGCCGUCUUCCUGCAAGACAUCCUCGUCACGUUACCCCGUCUCGCCGCAUUGACCCUCGACCUCACCUCAGAUGCGGUGCUCUCCUCCCUGACGCCGGUCCUCCAGUCCACGGCCGAGGGCGCCGGUGUGAUCUGCCCCGUGUUGCAGGCCCUCACGCUCCGUUGGUGCGUUCCUUCUGAACAUGACGCGGAUGUGUUCAUUGCGAACUGCAAUCGGAUCAAGGCGGCACUCGACACCCGUGCGAAGCUCGGUAGCCGACUAUCAGCCUUUUCCUUCAAAUGUGCGCGGAUAUCCCGUCUGGAAGGUCCUGCGAAGCAGGAAAAGGAGUUGCUACGCAAGCAUCUGGAGGAGGUCUUCGCCACGACGGCGGACCAGGUUGCGGUGGAGGUGUACAAAAAGGGUAUCGCGACGAACUAA